UGUCCUUGGGAUGGACUAAAACAAAAAUCAUGGUUCCCGUCGGCUGGGUUCCCCGUCCUCUUCAUCAUUGGAUGACUUUCUCAGCAACAACCGCAUCAACGUUAUUGUCUCAGCAAUGUCCAGAAGACCAGUUCGGAUGGUCCAGAGCCAUUUCGAAUCACCAAAGUUUUAAACUUUUCAAUAUAAUCUGGGGUGGACCACAGUCACCAUGAUAAGCGAUCUCAGCACCUCUCCAAGCACUGACGACGAUCGUGGUUUUGGUUGGGGGCCUUCUCAUUCGGAUGAAGAGGAUACUUUGUUUACUGACUUCUUCGGGGAGAGCAGCAAAAUAGACAGCCCGUGGACUUGGAUCGCAGACAGUUUCAAUUUCUUUAGAUGUGGGGCUUCAGAGCCCAUACUUGUGGAAGACGGCCCCUUUCCAUAUUCCAUGGAUGAAGAAGACGACUUGUUUGCUCAUGGACCUUGCAACGCGAACGUCUUCCGAGGGCCGAAGAGUGUCAAAAACGGAAGAGAUGAUGAUGCGGCUACACCAAGGGCAACAGCAACGGAUUCGUUUGCCACGCCACGAUCAGGGACUAUUUGUACGGCGAACGAUGUGUCGCUGAACUCAAUUCUCGGCUCGCAUCAUCCACCCCAGCCUACCCAUCGUGUGUGGUCUUCACCACCUCGUCUGCAUAACAUGGCUACGUCACACAAGGGUCGUAGUGGGCGCCAUCAGAGCGUACCAAAGAUCCUUAACGAAGCAUACUACUUUUCGGAUAUGGAUACCUUUCUUUCGGAUGAAUUCACCGACAUGGAACAGGGUUAUUUUAAUGGCCUCUACGAUCAAAUCUGCAGUCCUUCAAAGACACGCCAGGACACAAAGAUAGACGCCAUCCCGUCAGCCUACACCGCCGAGCCCAGGUCAGUCUUGUUAUCGUUUGAUGACACGAUAUCAAAGCUGACGAUGGAAGACCAAAGGUCAUGUUCCACAGAGACAUUGGACGCAUUAGAUCGAAGGGCAACAAUUGCAGCAAUCGUCAGGGCACAGGCAAGGGGCGGGUGGCGGGCGAUGGCGCAGGAAGAAGCAGAAGCGAAAGCUGAAGAGUUGUCUCGGUUUGGCAUUGAACACACGUUCACAGAAAGCCGACUCGCCCCGGAAGAGCAAGCUCCGUUUACUGAAAGCCGACUUUCUCUAUUUGGUAUUGAGCGUACAUUUACAGAAAGCCGCCUGUCCCCGCCCAAUGUGCCAUCUGACGGUGCUUCUGUUGAUAGGCACCAAGUGAUUCGCAAGUUCAACGAUGAGACUCAGGAGUUUCAAAAGUUCCAGCCCAACUUCUUUUCAUCUGAGUCUACGACCCAGUCCGAUACAGAAGAGAGGGAGACAAUCGAUGAUCCCAAGACCAAGACCAGCGCUCCAACGAAGAGCAGGUUCCUUCGUCCCUUUCAUCGGAAGAAGAAGAAGGACUCAAAACAAGGCAAAGGGAAACACGGCAAGCGCUCUUCCUUUCUCAAGGCGUUGACGCCCCCAAGAAAAAUCAAGCAUACGGAGAACACAAGCACUCCCACGUCUACAACGGGCCUAUCCACCACCGACACCACUUCAAGCUAUGCUGAGAAAGGCUUUCAGGAUAAUUAUGCAUUCAUUGAGUCUGAUGAGACAAGGGAAAUUGCGUCCAUCCCUCAAAGAGAUGCACCCAAAGAAACUCCUACUGUAAUUGAAGAAGUGGAAGUAUUGGAGAGGCGCAAAGAGCCCGUAUAUUCUUCUUACAUUAGGAGUCCAUCUUACAACGUUGUGGAGGACGUUGAAAUUCUGCGGAAAGCAAGUGAUAUCUCAAACUUGAAGCAUUUCCAGCCUGGAUACCACCAGGAACAAGUAGUGAACAAUGAUGAGGAUCAUCUCUUUGAAGCUGGAGCGGGCGAGGGGAGAGGCUCAAGGGGACAUGAUCCAGCAGAGUCAACCAGCACUCAAUUUGAAUCUGAGAUGACGUCCUCGUCAGUCGAUGAACUUGGGUUUCCGACUGAUGAAGGCCACGAUGAACAAGAUCCCACUGAUACCUCCUCCUCCAUUGGCCCUACCUUUCGGACAAUGACAUCUCGUCUGGCCAAGGAACGGGUGGAUUCCCAACAGCUCAGGCUGAUGCUAGAGAAGAAAGACGAGGAUCUAGGACAGCUACGCGAGCUGCUGCAUUCCAACGAGUCAAAGACAGUACUCGAGCGAGUGAAUUCGUCGUCCAAAGCCAAUCCCCUUGUGCAGUAAAUUGGGUUAGACCCCGCAAGGAGGAGCCGGCUCUUGACGGCGGUCUAGGACCAUGUAAGAGUAUUUAUUAAAUGUUGACAUAACUUUUGAAAGUUCCGUUGCUUC